AUGACGAUUCAUGAUCCGAAUGUCUCUGUACAGAGAGAGACUGCAUCACCGUUAAACACGCUCUCUCGUGCCCUGGGCUUUGGGAACGGGGAUCAAGAGCGCUGGUGGAACGAUACCGCACCUCUGCUCCAUGGAUUGCUCGUGGCGACAGGAUACGACGUCCAUUCGCAGUACCAGCAUCUGCUUUUCCACCAUCGACAUGUCCUUCCCGCAUUGGGGCCGUAUCCAGAGGCUCAGCCAGACAGCAUCGUCCCCGGGGGCUGCCCAUAUGAACUGAGUGUAAACUUCCAACAGGGGAAGGCUGUUGUUCGGUUCGACUUUGCACCAGCUGGCGAUAGCAAGCAGAACCAGUUCAGUCCCGGGGUCGCAAUCAACCGACUGCUCGCCGACCUGUCUGAUUCCGGCCAUGAAAUUGACACCAGAUUGUACUAUCACUUCACGAAUGCGCUUGCGCUGACGAAGCGCGACAUUGCCUUCCUCCAGAAGAACCCAACACCCCAUUCUAGUACCCAGAACAUCCUCUCCUGGGAUUUGAAAGGAGCCACGAAUGACCUCAAAAUGUAUUUCUUCCCCUUGGUCAAGGCCGAUGCGGUGCAGGUUCCGUCUGGUCAACUAGUUCUGGAUGCGAUUCGCAAGGCAGAUGAUGGCUGCUAUGAUUCACCUGCGCUGGGACUGGUCGAAUCCUUUUUACGAGACCGGAAGCUCCUUUCCAACGUCUGUGUCCUCGGGUGGGACUGCGUGCCGGACAACGGGAGGGUGAAGAUAUAUCUCGCCGACCCGGACGUGAGCAUCGCUAAAAUCCGAGACUUGUGGACGCUCGGGGGACAGCUUAGCAACGCUACCGUUACGAAAGGCUUAGAGCUGCUCCUGGAGCUCUGGGACUGUCUCGGCUUACAGGAGGGAGUGCGGUCCACCACCGAACUAGGUCAGCCGGAGCAAGAGGACGGUCGAAGCGGGUUGACGUUCUCAUAUGAACUGCGACCUGGGGACCGGUAUCCUGAGCCCAAAAUUUACUUUCCCUUGGUGGGAGAGAACGACAGCAUCGUCAGCCAAGGGCUGGCCCGGUUCGUUGCGCGCCUGGGGUGGACUGAGCUGGACAGCUAUCCUUCUGCGCUCGCAGAUGUCUUCGCUGGUGUGGACAUGUCCAUUUCUACUCGCCUAAUCUCUUCGUUGUCCUUUGCCUAUACGGAAGAGAAGGGACCGUACAUGACGGCAUAUUACUAUUCUUCGAAGCAGUACCCUUGGGAAGGCGCCCGGCCAGUAUAG